AUGCAAGAUGAUACUGAUAAUAAUUCAACAAUGUCAUUGGAAUCCCAAGCAGCUCAAAUAGUUGAUUUUAUGAGAAAUGCAUGGAAACUACCGGUACCCGAGUUGAUCAUAUCGGUGACAGGUGGAGCAAAUGCAUUUAAAAUUCCAUUACCCAGAAUACAUCAAGCAUUUCAGCAAGGUCUUGUAAAAGCUGCAAUGACCACGAGUGCUUGGAUUUUUACGUCUGGUACGCAUGUAGGAGUGACAAAAGAAAUAGGUAAUGCUUUUGAUAAGUGUCGCUACCGAGACUCAAAAGUAGCGUCAACAAUUCCACUUAUUGGUAUUGUCAAUUGGUACACAACAACAGAUAAUAAACAGUUGACACAAUAUUCAAAUGAUAUCUCACAGGGUCCAAACUCUUCAUCAAUUUCGGAUCUUGUGACAAUUUUCAAUAGACCAAUUAAAAACCGUGUAUGUCUUUAUCGGUUACGAAAACCAUUGGAAAAAGAAAAACCGGAAACAUAUCCUCUAGAUCAUAAUCACACUCACUUUUUGAUGUUACAAGAUGAAUUUGGCGAUGAUGAUAUCAAAUGGAAGAAUGAAAGCGGAGCUACAUAUCGUGCUAAUUUGAUAUUAAAUCUAAGAGCAAAAAUUGAAGAAGAAUCACGAAAAAUUACAAAUCAAGGGCAAACCUACUUGAUACCCAUGGUACAAAUCCUCGUUGAAGGUGGUGUUACAGCUAUUUUAACUGUCUGCGAAUCAGUUGUACGCCAAACACCUGUCAUUGUUAUGGCUAACAAUCGUUAUAUUCUUCGUCUCGAUACCUACGGUUUUAUUGAUGGUUUAUUCAAAGAUGAUUCAUAUUUAGAUGGAAUGUUGAUAUUUACUCGAAAUGAUGUUAUUCGAAAUAGUGGUAAUAUAACUGAACUAUCUAUUCAUUUUUCACAAUUACCAUUGUAUAACAUCGACAACAAUGAUACUCCUGAAAUUUUUCUCUAUAUUAUAUUGACAACAGAAAAACCAGAUGAAUUUAUUAUUAUUAAUCGAUAUCAAUUAUCGAACAAGGAAAUUGAAUCAAGAAGAUCUACUGGAAAUAUUCAAACAUUUAUGAUAAAUGAACCUGUUCUUUAUCUAGAAACCGGUAAUUAUUUAGGUGUUGGAUUUGGUUCAAAGGCUGGUCGACCGUUUCGUGUAAAAGGAAGCGAUUCAUAUUAUAUUGAUUUGAAGACGGCGAAUGCUACCUUUGGCACAUAUAAGCCAGUUUUUUUCAUCAAACAAGCAAUUUAUGGUGUUACAUUUAGUUUUAAAAUGAGUCCUGUACCAUCCUUUAUACGUGAACUAUUUCUUUGGUCAAUAGCAGCUAGUCAUUCAAAUUUAGCAACUUGUCUAUGUUCUCAUUCAAUAGUAAGCUAA